AUGUUGACUCUGCCAUUCGAGGACGCGCACACCAUGUGCGAGCCACGCUUCGGUGCCGGUUUCCCUCGCGGAGGCGCCCCGGAAGAUCGACCCUCACCUCACUCUCAUCACCACCAUCACCACCACCGCCUCCACGACGACGACGAUGACGACGACGACGAGGGGCCCUGCAGGUCCACCGGGGAUGACGCCGCCUCCUCGGACCGGGACUACGAGCAGGACGACGCCGGCGGCCUCCUCCACAAGAAGCGUGGCCCGCGGAAGAAGAAGGCCGCCAAGGAGCCGCACGAGCGCUCCAGGCUGCGGCGGCAGGAGGCCAACGCGCGGGAGAGGAGCCGCAUGCACGGCCUCAACGCAGCGCUGGAGAGCCUCCGUAAAGUGGUGCCGUGCUACUCCAAAACGCAAAAGCUGUCUAAAAUUGAAACCCUACGUCUAGCCAAGAACUACAUCUGGGCUUUAUCCGAGACGCUCAGCGCCGGGAAGAGACCCGACCUCCUGGCGUUUGUGCAGACCCUCUGCAAAGGAUUAUCGCAGCCGACCACCAACCUGGUGGCGGGGUGCCUGCAACUCAACGCCCGGAACUUCCUUACUGACCACAACGGGGAGGUGGUGUUCUCCGGGCGGCCUCCGUACGACCCCCUGUACUCGUCGUCCUCCGCCUACCCGGGCUCCGAGGUGAGCGCCUCGCUCGGACACGCCGGCUCCGGCCCGUCGGACCCGGCCAAGCCGUUCCGUCAUUACGGCUACUCCGCCGCCUACGAGCCGUCUUACGCUUCCCCGGAGGCCGCCAGCCCGCACUUUGAGAGCCAGCUGAGCCCGCCUGUCAACCUGAACGGCAUUUUCUCCUUCAAGCACGACGAGCCGCCGGACUACGGCAAGGGGGGACACCACUACGGGGUGCGUUACUGCGGCGGCCCCGGACGAGCGGGCCUGCCGCACGGCUCCGUCUACAGGGUGGCCCCGGAGGGCCGCUACCCGUACGACCUCCACGUCCGCGGCCAGUCCUUCCAAACCCAGGCGGAGCUCAACGCCUCAUACCACAAUUAA